UCUGCUGACCUAUGUGAGUUAUGUGAACCGGCCUCCCUUCUCUAUUUUCAGGCAAUGUUGACGUACUGUCACUUCGUGAUAACGUUAGCAGGCGUUAGCGACACGUAGUGGUCGAAGAGGGCGUGUACAGGGAGUAUACAGCGUGGCAUAAAUGAAACCAUCCUUUAUUGAAGAUCAUGUACAGAACCACACAAACGGGAACGCAUAGAGAAUAGUUCAAUUCAUUCAAUUCGUAUGCGUUAUACUACUACCGCUAAAAUAAUGUGGAGUCCUUAGCCAGUAGGCUGUUGUCCUUUCAAAACUAUAUCCCGCGCUUCUCAAAGCAUAAUGGGCGAACCGAUGGACUACCCAAGUGUUAAGAGGUAGUGGUGCCUGUGAAGACUUAAACUUUUGCAAGUCUGGAAGCAUUGCAACGGAUUACCGUAAACUGUUCUCAGCAACUGAGACAAAGCAGACUGUCGAAGUGUUGUCAAUAUGGACGAGUUUACCUAUUAUAAACGCAUGGUUUUUUUUUGCCGCGUCGACGGUAGGUUUUCAAAGAGUUGUGGGUAAUAGUAAUUAUAGUAUUAGUGACCGGAGCGGGAGACAGUGAAGUGGCAUUGCCAACACGGUAAAUCUGGCACGGUGCCGCCAGAUCAGACAAUUGAAGGUAGCUGUUAGAGUGGAAGUCUUCGAAUCUCUCAUUGUUGUUUUAUGGUAUCGGAGUGUUACUAACGAAUGCGUGAUAUAGUACAUAAAACAAACAAACAAAGACGGAUAUUCAAGCAAAAAUAACAAAUAUAUCCACAUAAUCUCAAGUUGUUCUGGUUGACCAAUGUUGUUUUUUCAAUACCUCAAAAGCCUAGGAUAUCAAGAGGACAUCAGCAACAAUCGGUUGAUUCGCUAUGGGUGGUGAUUUUUUGUGCUUUUUUUAAACAGUGAAACAAACAUUGCUGAAUUUGUGCUUGUGUCUGUGAACCUACCGAAAACAUUUUAUCACAAUAAAUUUUUUUAUUAGCGUUAAAGUCGACUGAGUGGAUCUCAACCACACUUACGCCCCCAUCUUCCCAUCACCACAGGCACGAACUACACUUCCAUCAUUAUGGUCAUCAUGUAGCUUGGAUCUCACUGUAAGGUGCUGCAAAGGACGACAGAUGAUAAUGAUGAGAAAAUCACGCGGCCACGUUGUCAACUAUUUACCCUCUCGAUCUUCUCUUCAACCUGACACAGUCGCGUCAUCUGCUACACGUCCCGUAGUUCGUAGGCCGGCAUUCUCCUUCCGACUGAUGCGGGCGUCUAGCAGCAUAAAAGCGUUGGCCUGUCCCGCCAGUGAAGGAUAGCCAGCUAGAACAAAAAGAUAUGUUCUCGCGAUGUCACGCCCAUCGCCACUGCUGCCGCCACUGCUCGUUCGAGUGGUGCCGCUCUGGGCGAUGUGGCUAAUCGUGUAUUGCUUUUGUAUCUGCUAUCUUUGUGUUUCCACUGAGGCGUCUCUAGCUCUGACGUCAUCGUCGGCGCCGACAAUGGUAACGCGUCACGUAUCAGAGCAAACGAAUCGCCUCAGCCAUCGAGGUAGCCUGUCUAACAACGGCUCCCAGUCGUCAGUGGACUCAGCCUCAAGAGAAACGGCGAGCACCAGGCCGGAGAUUCUGCCCGUGCCCACCACGAUAGCAAAGUAUGUCAACAGUCAGAACGAUCGAUCGCGAAACAGAUCAACUUUAUCGGCCAUAACUAGCAAUGAUAAUUGGCAUCGGCCCCAGUGGAUGUGGAGUGAGUAUUUGGACGAUUCUAGGCCUAAUCUUGUCGUCGAAGCCAUCCUAAAUAGAAAAAAGCAGUUUUCUUCGUCGUCGUUGAAUGUUGCAACUGCCGAUCAUGAAAAGGGCCAUCGAAAUAAUCAAGUACGGGGAGUAGCGUUUGGUUCGGCGACUCGUAAACGUACGGACCACCAGCAUCGACACAAUCGUUUUGACUAUGAACAUUCAGUAAGGCUAAACCGUUAUAACAACCGAAAGGCCACUAGGGAAACCCAAGCUAAAAGAGACGGUAGUACACAACUCCUCGAGAGAUCCCGGGACCGGUUUAAUAAAGACCCUUUUGUAGUUGAAAUCAACAACAUUCGAAUGGAAGGAAACGCCGAAGUAUUCAGCGACCAGUGGGAUCAGAUCAGCAGCUCUGGCCGUGAUAAUACUCAAAUGAAAUCAACGCGCAUUGGUGUCACUAUGGAUACAAAUGAGAAGGGUGUAACGAAUGAUAGCAUUCGUAGCAGCGGCAGGAGGUUUGAGGGGACGUUUCGGUGGCAUACACCGGAAGACUAUCGAGUUCAAUCAAAUCAGCAACGGCCACAACAUCAGCAAGAGGACCAUCCAUCACAACUGCUGCAGAUACAACAGACGCAGGCAGGCGGGGGAGGAGCGUCUAACAGCAAAAAGGGCGUUAAAAAAGGCCAAGCUUCGAUCGUGUUCACGGCAGUAGCAGGGGGCGCAGUGAGCCUCCCAUGCAGUCUUGCCCCCGUACCGGACGAAGAUAAUGAGGUCGCCUUGGUUCUUUGGUAUAAAGAUGAUAUUUCCGCCCCGCUGUUCACGGUGGACGCCCGAGGCAUCGGCGACCUUCAGUCCGCUCGCCAGAGCUCAUUGGACCAGCUGAAAGAAAGGGCAAACUUUAUUUUGAUUUCGUCCCCAUCGCACAUAUCCGCGUCGACAACGGGCUAUAGCAACAGCAACUAUCGUAGUAUAUGGCAAAUCAGUCAGGCGUCAACGAAACAUAGACCGCCAUUGCCAGCGUCUGCUGGCGCGCAUCCGGGCACUCCAACUACUGGUUUUGCCGCUCACCUACAUGUUCAACCUGUUCGAGAAUCCGACGAAGGAGAGUACCGAUGCCGGGUAGAUUUUAAACGAGCCCGCUCGGUCAAUACGGUCGUCAAUCUUCGUGUAAUUGUGCCUCCCGGUGAUCCAGUUAUUGAGACGCGGUCCGGCGUCAUCCUUCGGGAAGGCCUUGCGGGACCGUUUAAUGACGGCGACCCAUUGACGCUUCAUUGUUAUACUGGUGAUGUGGGUCGGCCCCGCGCAAACCUCGUGUGGGUAGCCCAUGACGGGCGGGUAAUUGAUGACACGUUCUCGUACGAGCAUAUCGACACGCACCAUCAUCAAACCGUCGUUGUGCGUAACACACUUGAGAUUAACGCCUUGAACCGGGACCAUCUGCUAACGACUCUAGCAUGCCAAGCGUCCAAUAACAAUAUUACGGCACCGUCACAAACCUCAAUUACGCUUGACCUUAACUUAAAACCUUUGUAUAUAAAUGUUGAACCUUCUUCGACACAACCACUAUCAGCCGGUGCCCCGAUUGAGUUCGUAUGCUAUUCAAGCGGCUCUCGACCACCUGCAGUACUGACAUGGUGGAAAGGCGAUCAGCAGGUCCAGGCCACCAAAGAGGACUUUUCCAGUGGCGGGUCAAGUUCAAGUACAUCGGUAUUGACCUUCACACCCGAGCCGGAAGAUGAUGGUGCCAUUUUGGCUUGCCGGGCUGAAAAUCCCGCAAUGAACAGCAACGAGGGUGAGCGAUUCGGUGGCGGCGAACGUCUUAAUAACCGACGCACUACGGCUGCCUUGGAGUAUAGCCGAACGCUCGACGUACACUAUGCACCAAAAUUAAAAUUGGUCCUUGGUGGUGGCGUACGCUCGGGAGACAUUCGAGAGGGUCGCGACGUCUACCUUGAGUGUGAAAUUACGGCGAAACCAGCCGCACACGAAAUCGUCUGGUAUUUCGAGGGCACCACGGAGCUGCAUACAGAUAAAGACAAAGGAAUCAUCGUCAGCGGUUCGUCUUUGGUGCUGCAGGCUGUCUCUAGAUCUCAGCGAGGAUGGUAUACGUGUUCGGCUUCGAACCGCGAAGGAACCACAAGAAGCAAUCGGCUUUUUCUUCGAGUGAAAUAUGCCCCCCGAUGCCGAUCGCAGCAACGUCGCGUCUACGGGGUGGAUUUAUACGAGAGCGCUCGAAUUCGGUGCGAUGUCGAGGCUGACCCCGAAGAGAACACCCACUUUAGAUGGACUUUCAACAAUUCGAUGGGCAAACGCGCCGAGCUCGACUCACAACCGACCACGGCUUCGCAUCGAACGUCAAGGUCCAUGAUCAACUAUAAGCCUCUGACGGAACAAGACUACGGAGAGCUGUUGUGCUUCGGAGGAAACGAGGUCGGCGAACAAGUGGAGCCGUGUAUCAUUCACAUUGUCGCCACUGCCACGCCGGAUCCCCUUGAGAACUGCUCUCAGGUAAACGCGACGGAGAAUAGUCUGACGGUCGAGUGCUUCGAAGGUGCGUGGAACGGCGGCGGAAAUGAAUUAUCCGCACUGUCUUUCGUGGCCGAACUCUACCGAAGCGACGAAAAUGACUUAAAGAACGGUGUAGCUUUCGGCCCAAUGAUUGCUAAUGUCACGGUGAAAGGAAGUACCACGUCUGCGUCGACGGGAUUACCAUCGGUUCCAGUAUUCGUGUUUAACGAUUUGCCUCGAAUCGAUGAUCACACGUCUAUAGCUAGUGGACGUAACGACGUUGGCUAUCGAGUACACAUUUACGCGCGGAAUCACAAGGGUCGAAGCCCGGUUACAACACUUAUAGUUCAUCUACUAAACCCAUCCAAGUACCAAACAAAACAGUCAGCUCGAUUAGGUGUUGGCUGGAUAGUCAGGCCACUGCUUGGCCUUGUUCUUGUCCUGCUCAUUCUGAUCACGUUGGGAGGGGUCAUAUUGUUCGCGGUUCUAAAAUACAGCAAAUAUAAACAACGACAUCACGUUCACAAUGACGAGCACAAACAAACGCACUCUGAAGACAAAGCACCCGCAUCGGAGACGCACAGCACGAGAAGCAAAUCCGCUCUGUCAGUGCUCGAGGCCGAGACGACCGAUGCUGACCAAUGCAAGGAUUCUACCGAAGUCAUAGUUCCACUGUCCGAUGUUAGCGAUAACGGAAGUAAUAACCGUUGUGACAGCGUUGUACUCCGGACGCAUUCGAAUCUUGUCGGAACAGCUGAGAGUGCAGACGACAUCGUUACGGCCGACUCUGUACUUAUCCAACCCGAUAUUAUUCAACGUCAGCAGAUGCCACCGCCACUAUCAACUACGCCGGGACUGGAUUCACAGCAGUGCGGAAUUUUCGGCAUUAUGUCAACCCUUUCGGUGACAAGAACAUCAACCGACAAAAUCACCAGAUCCGAUUCUCAAGUACUAUCAGGAGACAUCUAUCGGCAUCGGCUAGCUAAUGGAAAGAGUAAGAAGGCUGGCAGUGGAUCGAAUCUCAGUCACGCCCUGACAACCGUAACCGAGUUACGGGAAGACGACCGAUUAACGGCGCCCCACCAAGCAGCCCAGCUCGGGGUCUACGCUACGCUCCAUUUAUAUUCCUCUCAGCCCGGCUUCGGCGUCAACGAUUUAGGCAAUUGCGGCAGUCUCAACAUGGACUGUCCUAUCGUCCAACCGACGAAUCUACGGGUAUCUCCGCUUUGCCAACAAGCGCAUAACAGCUCAUCCGUCAGCAAUAUCGUUGAACAUCAGCGUUCACCAGUAGCUACCCCGAUAGUUACUCAAAGCGGCGAUUCCCUUUGGACCCAGCCGAACGAACCCUUCAUUCCCAGCGUAAAAUCCCCUUCGAUUAUCGGAUCUAACCUGUCGUCAAAUCUGUUACAUAACGACCCGAGUUUGAUCGCUAUAACAACGGAUAUCGUCGGCACCGAUUUUGACGACGGCGGCUUUAUCGUUAUCGGCAGUAAAAAUUCAGCGACCGGUCGAACGGCUCAGGAGCGUUGGAAACAGCAAGAACCCUCCGGGCACACAGAACUUUUACCCCCGCAGUCCAGAGUUUCACCAUUGUUACCAAAUAAUUAUACAUCGGGACAAUUUAAAUUCACUGGAGUAACAUCGGAUUCACUUGAUGGUUUAAAUGCGGGCUGUGGCGAUCACGCGCCAAAUGAAACUAUCGUGUUCUCACAAAAAUUUCAUUUCCGUAGACAACUGCCGUUAACGGAAGGCGGUAUUACUACACAGCUGCACCAUGAUGCCCGUCAACAGCAGAAACCCAACGGUAAUUCUGUUGAGAGCACUGUAUAACACUGGGACAGCAAAACGAAACGCUGCAUUGAUCGUCUUUGUCGAGCUAACUUAAGAGCGUUUAGUGAAGCCUGACGUAGACACACUUCGUUUCGUGCUGAAGAUAAUUGCCAGCUGUCGGAAGCGGCAAUGGUUGGUGAAAACAGCACCAAACGUAAAAAUUCACACCUUUAAAACGGUAUACGCGCGAUACCUGUUUGAGCGGAUAUAACGGAUGUGGUGUGAGUUGACGAAACGAGAAGCGGCGGUAUCGGAUUUGGAUACUUGGAAGUACCUAGAGAAAGGAAUCACAGUGAACUCAUGCGGACGACAGGUAACGUAAACCUUAAACAUAACAGGCCCAUAACGAAAGAAUCAUACCGAACGGCCAAGUGUGGAGUUCGUAUCAGAAGAGGAUUCGAAACGCGACCAGCGAUCUCCAUGUUGAGAAAGGUUUUGCUGUUAUUUUCUAUUGGAAAUUGAGGUGUAGGAUGCGAUCGACAAAAUACGAAUGUGUAUCUGUGCGGGUGUAAGGGCUACGAACGGCUGCACUUUUGUUGUAUAGACAAUUAUUAUAUUAAGUAGUAAGCGGCGUAAUUGGCACCGUUUAACUUUAUCGAAUGAGCAUAUCUAGAGGGAAUAAAAGACCCUAAUGGCUGACGAUUUUUUUUCUCCAAGUGCAACGAAAACAGGAUCUUAGUUUCCUAAAUAAUUGAAUAGGAUUUGUUCAGUAUUUAACUUGUUAUGACAAAGCGAAUGAUGCUCGUUUUUACCGUGAACAACAAGAUAUGUUUAUACAAAUACUGAAAUUGUUUUUAAGAAGAACAUGUAAUCAGCAUACCAACAUUGUCGAAGGACAUACCCUCUUAGCUAGCCGUUUCAUCGAAAUGCUUCGUUCAAAACAGUGGUUUAAUCUAUUGUUGUUAGCUUAGUUUACAAUGGUAUAUAUACAUAAGUAUAAAUCGUAGUAGAGGAAAGUAUGUAAUGAGCAAGUUGUAAUAUAAAUAAAACAAAAAAAAACACUGCGGAAAUAUUCAAAUAUAUCAAACAGACGCAGGGCAAAAGACUAAGAAGGUCACCCAAUUAACGUAAACCUGAAUCGGCUGAUCAGCGUCAACUCAAAAAUAAAGCAAGGUUCUAUUCAGCCGAAAAACAAAAUCGCUCGCGAUGCAUCUUCAUUACAAAGUAUGGGAUCCAAGCGAGCGUUGUAGAUCAUCUACCUGCAGAUAUACGUUGUCGCAGGUAAAUAUGGCUCGCGAAUACGUUGAAAGUAUAUGUAAUAGUUACAAGAUCGAUAAUGCUCCUAUUCGGGGUCGGCUGUGAGUAGAUGCGGACGUACUAAUUGGCUUAGCCGUUCUCUUAUACGGAAUGAAAACUGUAUAAAUUAGGCUAGAUAAAUCUCGUCGGUGUGAGUACGGAACAGAAGCAGGAGUAAAGAAAAUUAUUGACGAAGUAUGAAUAAUACCAUGUAAAUGAUGUAUUUUAAGACUUAUUUGUAUGAAAUAGAAUAAUCCAAAAAUGAACGAGAAAAGAAUGCAACUAAACUAUAUAAAAGCGAAGGAAAGCAAAAGGUCAAUAAUUGUGGAAAAUAGUACGCUAUAGAUCAGAAGCAAAAAGACACAAAGCAACAAAAGUGGAAGCAUAUGGAACUAUAAGAGGUAAAGAUUGUAAAACAAAUAUCGUCAGAUUGAAAAUAAAUUAUAUUCGAAAUUUCGACAAAAACAAACGGCAACGCCAAAAGCUAGACAUAUUUUUCGUCUCCUCAGUCACUAUGAGAGGUCAUAAUUUAAUUUUGGAAAUUGCGUAGAGUCGAGCCACACGUUUGGGUCGGGACCGAUUCUACUUCGUGUGAAC